AUGUUGUAUGAGUUGCAUGAUGACAAAGACAAUCCAGGGGAGGCGCGGGCGGCCCCUUUUAGCGUGGAAGCGGUGCCGGACUGUGUGCGCAACAUGCAGUACAACGUUCGUGGUAAGGUGUUAGAUCGUGCCUACGAAAUAGAGAAGUCAAUCAAGGACUUCAAGUUUGAUCAAUUGUUGCGGUUGCACAUUGGUAAUCCGCACGCGGUGGGGCAGCCGGCGUUGACUUACAUUCGGGAGGUAGUAUCGUUGAUAACAUGUCCCAAGUUGAUGGACAAUCGUGUGGAGCAUGCGUUGUUACAAGUGUAUCACAGUGAUAGCUUGCAUCGGGCAAGGGCAUACCGGCGUGCAAUGGGUGACCCGGGGGCUUACACAUUCGCAGGGGGCGAGAUGUUUGCGAGAAGAGAUAUCUGGAUUCUUUGA